ACAUUUGCGCAGGUAUAUAUAUGAGUUGUGUGUUGUGAGGCACUUCCUGUUGUAUUGAAGCACUGCCUGAACACGAAGAGAGAUGGGGGAAACUGAUGGGUUAAUUAGAGAUGGAAAACAAAGCAGAAAAGAAUGUUAUAGUUCCAGGGAUGCCUAUUGGAAGUGUCUGGACCGGACGCCGGAAAGCCUUGCUGAAUCAAAAUGUAAAACAUUUAGCCAAGAAUAUGAGAAGAGCUGCCAUCCUUCUUGGGUGAUUCACUUCAACAUCAAAAGGUCAAAUGAAGUAGCAAUUAGGAAAUAUGCUCUACUUGAUCCAGUGGACCAACUACCUCCUGUAGGACAGAGCCCUGAUGUAGAGGCCGAAAAGAAAAAAACGUUUAUCCCAUUUUAUUAAUUCUUGUACUGUCAUUAUUAUUUUAUAUCUGUUGUGUUUAACAAAUAAAAUUACUCGAGGCCAAGGGGCCUUUACAGCAUA